CCAGGACCCCAACAGUUCCCCCACUGGGACUGGAUGUGAAGGUCGCCUCGAACGCCUCGAAGCCAAGCCCGUGGGGCCCCCGUGGCCGAACAGAAAAGAAAUCUCAUGGCCUCCUUGCGCUGCUUGUGCUUGGCCAUGGCCGAGCUGGCGCUGCUUGCUGCUGCUGGAUCUUCAAUGGUCGAGAAGUUCUCCUUUGUGAACCAAUGCGAGGAGAAGGACCAGGAGUCACAAGGUGGGGUGCUUCAUGGAGGUAGCCAUCUUCUUGGCUGAUUGGAACGUGACCAUUCCGCCUCGCCAGGCGAAGGAGGUCAAGCACUCUCGCAGCAGCAACCUGCAGAGGAUCUCGUGGCGUUUCGUGGAUGGUCCUUCCUACACCGACUUCAUCGAGUUGAAUGGAGACUGGCCCGGCGUGGGCGCUCCGAUGGCGGGCCAUCCCAACUAUGCGUCCUGGUCUGGCUUCUCCAUGUCCAGCAGGUAUGAGGCUUUGGAACCCACCUCCGACCGCUAUGCGUGUUUGGACCCUGCGGCCGAGCUGAGCUUUACCGUCGCGAGUUGUCCCAGCAAGGCCCAUGCCAGCACACGUUAUGCCUGUGACUUCUUUGCUACCCAAGAGAGCAUCAGGAGUUGCAGCAGUGAAGUGGCCCGUUACAUAGAGGAGCAUUCCUGGACCAUCAAUCCCAAUGGCACCCGCACACGUGCGUUCGCGGCCACCAAGAACGUUGCCAGCUAUUGGUGCGCUCCGGAAUCACCCGAUUGGCUUGGCUGGGGUGUAGGCUCCUUGAUCGAUUGCACGGAGAAGGGAGUGCCAAUCCAUUUUCGUGUGACCACAUGCAUUUGAGCCCUUGCUUCGGCGUGUCCGCGCUUCUUCGGAGCGCGGUGAGCUUUUCGGAGCACUGAGAGCAUCAUGAAGCGCAGUCGGGAGACAUACGGAGUCGG